AUGGAAAUCGGAACACUGGUCGUUGUCGUGCUGAAGGCCCGGAACCUCCCCGACAGGCACUCGCUCUACAAGCAAGACGUCUUGUCACAGGUGGCAAUAGGGGGCAGCACGAAGUCCACCAAGGUCGAUGUUAAAGGCGGGCAGCACCCCGUCUGGGACGAAGAGCUUCGCUUCCCGAUCUACCAGAAGACGAAGCAGGCGGACAGGACCAUGGAGGUGAGCUGCUGGCGGAAGGAGCCUCGCGGCGUGGAGUGCAUCGGCAAGGGUGCCGUCGAUAUCGAGGAGACCUUGAGGACAGGAGAGUUCGAUGACUGGGUGAAGCUCGAGGAGAACGGCACCUACCGCGGAGAGCUCUACCUCGAGAUGACCUACUUCGCGACGGGUCCUGCGCCCCUGCAACGGCGGAAGACGAAGAUGCCCACCUCAGAACGACUUGUACGCUCUUCUCAG